CGCAGCUCAUUUGCAUUGACGUCAUUCGAGGCUGUAGGUCAAUCCGUGCGCGUGCUUUUAUUGGAUCUGCUGCUGUCACAUUCGCGCCGCUGAUGUUCUCAACGCGCGUUAUUCUUCGUCAUGAAACUCGCGACGCGCAAACGCCUUUCUUUCCGUCUUCUGGCAGCCGCGCGUCCCCUUUUUUCGUCCGUCUGAGGCAGAAUCGUAGGCCCGUGAUUGACAGCUGCUGUUUAAGUCAGGUUCCGCGAGGUCCGCGUUGACGCGCCGCUCCGGAGUUUCAUCUAACGGCCCGUUUGAUGUCAUAAAUGCCGGAUCGCGCGUUCCGCGGCAGAUUUCAGCCUGUUGAUGGGGAGCGAAAUCAACACGCCGGCUCGUUCCCAAUGACUGCGGCUGAAAGAGAGGCCGUGCGGACCCGUCGGGUGUGUUUGGCGCCUGUCGAAGGAGAAUAAACGCUCGAACGCGCCGCACAAAUGGACGAAACCGUCGCGUGAAUCGAGCCGGAGCCUGAAAUCCGCCAGAAAAGAGGAGAAGUUCAUGCGCGCACGCUGAGGAUGAGGAGUAACGCGCGCGAGUGACGCGCAGAGGGGCUGAGGAGCAACAUGAGCAGAGUUUCUAUUUGAUCAUCGAUAGAUCUGAUCGAUCCGAUCGUCUUGAUGAUCUGAGAGAGAAUCCUUCCUAUUAGCGCAGUACGAGAGGAGCGUCGCGCGGGUGAAUGAUGGGCUGCGCCUCCAGCAUCCACAUCUCCGAUCGGGUGGUUUAUCACAGCGGGAAAGAGUCGGAGGACUCGCACUCUCCGCCGCAGAACUGCGCUCAGCAGCCGGGCCACAUCAAACCCAACGCCCGUCAGAGCACGUUAACGGAGGUGCAGUUUGGACCGAUGAAGCUGUAUGAAGAUCAACUGCAGGUACUGUUAGUGUUUGCCAAAGACGACGCUCAGAGUAACGGCUUCUGCUGGGCCUGUGAGCGCGCCGGGUUCAGGUGUAAUGUGGCCCGAACGCCAGAAGCGGCGCUGGAGAGUUUCCUGGAGAAGAACCACGAUCUGAUCAUCAUCGAUCACAGACAUUCCAGAUGCUUCGACGCUGAAGCUCUCUGUCGCUCAAUUCGAGCCGUCAGCUGCUCUCACAACACUGUGAUUGUGGCUGUAGUGAAAAGGCCGGAUCGUGAAGAAGCCACUGUGAUGCCGCUGAUAUCAGCAGGAUUUAACAGGCGAUAUGUGGAAAACUCCAACAUGAUGGCCUGUUAUAAUGAACUCAUCCAACUCCAUCAUGGAGAAAUACGAGCUCAGAUCAAACUUAGAGCCUGUAACGCUGUUUUUACUGCACUGGAACAGAGUCAGGAAGCCAUUGAGAUCAGCAGUGAAGAUCAGAUCAUACAGUACGUCAAUCCAGCGUACGAGUGCAUCAUGGGAUAUCAGCGUGGAGAACUGCUGAAGGAAAACACUGAAGUGCCUAAGAGUGAAAAAAACAAACCAGACCUGCUGGACAACAUCAGUUCCUGCAUCCACAGAGGGAAAGAGUGGCAGGGGGUUUAUUAUGCCAAAAAGAAGAACGGAGACAGCGUGCAACAGAACGUGAAGAUGACGCCUGUCGUCGGACAGGGAGGUAAAGUCAGGCACUGUGUGUCUGUUAACAGGCCUUUAAACGACCACAACAAGCCCUGCGAGCGAGUCCAGGCCGAGUCACAGACAGAUAUUCAGCAGUCCAGCAAACAUAAGGACCGCAGGAAAGGAUCGCUGGACGUUCGAUCGACGACCUCUAGAGGAAGUGAUGCAGGAAGUUCUCAGAGGAGACACUCGUCUAUGGCCAGAAUUCACUCCAUGACUAUUGAAGCUCCCAUCACUAAGGUGAUAAACAUCAUCAAUGCGGCUCAGGAGAGCAGUCCGAUGCCGGUGGCCGAAGCGCUGGACCGUGUGCUGGAGAUCCUGCGGACGACGGAGUUAUACUCGCCUCAGUUCGGUACUAAAGAGGAAGACCCUCAUACUAACGACCUGGUGGGCGGCUUAAUGACCGACGGACUGCGCAGGUUAUCAGGGAACGAGUACAUCCUCGCCACUAAACAGCUGCAUCACAUCCCAAGUCACCUGACCACGCCACUGUCCCUCAACGAUAUCCCAACAUGCAUUGCUCAGACGAUGGAAAACGAAGACUCGUGGGACUUUGAUAUUUUCAACCUGGAGUCGGCCACCAUGAAGCGGCCUCUGACGUUUCUGGGCUUGAAGAUCUUCUCCCGGUUUGGUGUUUGUGAGUUUCUGAGCUGUCCAGAGGCGACGCUGCGCUCGUGGCUGCAGAUCGUCGAGGCCAACUAUCACUCCAGUAACUCCUACCACAACUCCACACACGCCGCAGACGUGCUGCACGCCACCGCUUACUUCCUGCGCAAGGAGCGCGUCAAGCAAAGUCUGGACCCCAUAGAUGAGGUGGCGGCCCUGAUCGCUGCUACCGUGCAUGAUGUCGACCAUCCUGGACGUACGAACUCCUUCCUGUGUAACGCAGGAAGUGAACUGGCCAUACUGUACAACGACACGGCCGUGCUGGAGAGUCACCACGCGGCGCUGGCCUUCCAGAUCACCACACGAGACGACAAGUGCAACAUCUUCAAGAACAUGGAGAGGAACGAGUACCGGACGCUCCGGCAGGCCAUCAUCGACAUGGUCCUCGCCACUGAGAUGACCAAACACUUCGAACACGUCAACAAGUUUGUCAACAGCAUCAACAAACCGCUGGCAGCACUGGAGGAGAACGAGGGCAGCGGUGAUGAGGACUCGGUGAAGAACAUCCUCACGGCUCCAGAGAACCGGAUCCUGGUGAAGCGGAUGCUGAUCAAGUGUGCCGAUAUCUCCAACCCCUGCCGGCCGCUGGAGCUCUGCAUCGAGUGGGCCGGACGCAUCUCGGAGGAGUACUUCGCUCAGACGGAUGAAGAGAAGCAGCAGGGUUUGCCGGUGGUGAUGCCCGUGUUUGAUCGCAACACCUGCAGCAUUCCCAAAUCCCAGAUCUCCUUCAUCGAUUACUUCAUCACGGACAUGUUCGACGCCUGGGACGCGUUUGCCGAUCUGCCCAAUCUAAUGCAGCAUCUGGACAACAACUUCAAGUACUGGAAGGGUUUGGAUGAGCAGAAGCUGCGGAGCCUGCGGCCGCCGCCGGAGUGACGGCACCGGGACGAGCGGAGCGGGAAACGCCGGCCUCGCUUCCUCCGGCUCUGGAGCCGCGUUCGUGUCCUGGUGUUUCCUGUUUGUUUAUCAUGAAUAACUGAUGAUGUUAGCUGAUGAAUGAGACGUGAUCCAAACGCCAAAGCUGACCGAGACGAGUGCUGAUGAUGUUGUUGUUGUUGUCGUCGUCUAUAUGUGAGGCAGUGGUCAUUUCCUGCCUGAAGACUUUCAACCGUUUUCCUCCGGAGCUUUUUCUAUGUGGUCGAUCUACUGACGAGACUGCUGCCUUAUUUUAUACGCUCUAUUUAUACGGCGCUGCUGACCCGCGACGGACACCUGCAGUUUUUAACACACUCAUGUUAUAUGAAGUAAAUCUCAAUAUUUUUAUAGGUAAUAAUUUUACACUGGAACGAUGUAAAGCAUCUCAGACUGCUGGGAGAGGGACUUCACUCGUCACGUCCGGCGGAUCCUCGCUCUGUCCUUCAUCAGGGUUUCGAUUAUUCCCGCUGGUUCUGUGACUCUCGGAGCGGCUGACGCUGGUUCACUCCACGACCGUCAUAAAGCUGAAGAUUUGUGCGCUUCAUUUCGUCCCACCAGCACGUCUCCGAUUUGAAAAGAAAUCCAGAUCAUCUUCCUGCAGACGGUGAAGAAUCUGCCGUCACGAUAGACCGUCAUUGUGAACUUUGGAGUUUGGGGCCCGUGGCCUUUAGCCCGGCUCAUUUUUCGCUCCAGAAUUAAAAGAAAAAUGAGAUUCUAUUUUGUAUUUAGGACCAUUAUGAUCUUUUUGCUUUGUGACAUUAUUUUCAUGAUGAAUUACCUCUUUAAAAUCCACUUUAAAUUCUCAUCUGUAAUGUCAAAAGAAGUUAUUUAAAUUGUAAAGUAUUUCUACAUCAUUGUAGUAUUUGUUGUACUGCCCUUUUUGAUUUAAUAAAAAGCUAUUUUUUAUUGUAA